AUGGCAACAGCAACGACAAAUGAUCGAGCAAAAUGUUUUACAUGUGAAAAAGAAAAGAUUGUAUAUCUAUGCGGUGGAUGCUCGAAAAAGUUUUGCUUGAACGAUUUAACAGAACAUCGUAAAGAUCUUGGCAAACAAUUUGAGGGAAUUGAAAAUGAUCGUGAUCAGUUUUACCAAAAACUUGUUGAACAAAAACAAGAUCAAAGACGGCUUCCAUUGAUGCAACAAGUUGAUAAAUGGGAGGAAGAUUCAAUUAAGAAAAUAAAACAAACAGCUGAAGAUUGUAGACAAACAUUAAUUGAAUAUAAUAAUAAACAUUUUAUUGAAAUAGAAAAAAAAUUAUCUCAAUUAACUGAACAAUUAAAACAAAGUCGUCAAGAAAAUGAAUUUAAUGAAAUUGAGUUAGACCGAUUCAAAACAAUUUUAACAAAACUAGCAGAAGAACUUGGUCAACCAGCAAAUAUAAAGAUUCAACAAAAUUCUACAUCAUUAAUAAACAAACUUUCAGUUGUUGUAUCAUCUGAAAUUAGUCAAGAAAAUCAAUUUCAUGAAAUUGAUUUUAACCACUUUAACAUAGAAGCAUCAGAAGACCUUUUUCGAUCCUCAAGAUAUCCAACCCCCAGAGUUUCUAGUGCAUCAUAUGGUAAGUAUGAUAUUAUUAAAUGA